AUCGAGGUUGUCCAUACAGCAUCUUUGUAUUGUAACACCAUCACGCUCAUUCUCAGCGCUUCUUGCUAUUCCUAAGAUGAGUUUCGUCGGCCCAAUGCCGCUGAAGGCGGUGGCUCCUGCGCGCAUAGUGUCCGCCUCUCGACAGUGUCAGCGGAGGAACAUGUCGCAUGUGAGAGCGCACAUGAAGAGACCGGCUCUGGCUGCGCAGACACAGACACAGAAUUCGCCGUCCAUACGGUUCUUCCAUGCAUCACCCACCUCGUACGCAAUGGCCGAUCCCUACAAGACUCUCGGCGUCGACAAGGACGCCUCGGCUGCCGACAUCAAGAAAGCGUAUUACGGCCUCGCGAAGAAAUACCACCCCGAUACCAACAAGGAGCCCACCGCGAAGGAGAAGUUCAGCGCUGCGCAGUCUGCAUACGAGAUUCUGUCCGACAAGGAGAAGAAGGCGCAGUACGAUUCGUACGGCGCAUCAGCGUUCGACCAGAACGGAGGAUUCAACCCCGGAGCGGCUGGUGGAGGCAAUCCCUUCGGCGGAGGUUUUGGAGGCUUCGGUGGAUUCGGCGGCGCGCAGGGCGGGUUCGGUGGCCAAGGCGGAUUCCAGGACAUCAACUUCGAGGACCUGUUCGGCGCAUUCGCAGGCGGUCGAAGGCCAAGAGGAGGCGGCGGAAGGAGGAACCCAUUCCAGGAAGAGAUCAUGGUCGGUGACAACAUCGAAGUACAAACGAACAUUUCAUUCCUGGAUGCAGCGAAGGGAGUCAAGAAGGAGAUUCACAUCACGCCCAUGGUCGAGUGCGGGACAUGUAAAGGAAACGGCAUGAAGGCCGGAGCUAAGAAGGCCGAGUGCAAGGGCUGUGGCGGUACCGGACAAAGAGUAACAAGCAUGGGUGGCUUCCACAUGAGCGCAACUUGUUCCCAGUGCGGCGGUUCCGGACUCGCGAUACCCCGCGGCUCAUCCUGCGGAACCUGUGGCGGCGACGGAGCAAUCAAGGAGCGCAAGACGAUACAGAUCGACAUUCCCGGCGGCGUAGAAGACGGCAUGCGUCUGCGCGUCAACGGCGAGGGUGAUGCUCCGCUCACAGGGCAAGCCAUGGGCGGCACGGUGCGCGGCCAGAAGGGCGACCUCUACGUUCUCAUCCGCGUAGCCGCAGACUCCAAGUUCAAGCGCAACGGCUCCGAUAUCCUGCACACUGCGACCAUCCCCCUCACAACCGCCGUUCUCGGAGGAGAGAUCAAGGUACCCACCCUGGACGGCGAAGUCAUGGUCAAGGUUCCCACCGGCUCAGGGACGGGCGACAAGAUCACACUUUCAGGCAUGGGCAUGAAGGUUCUCUCGACCGGGCGCCGCGGCGCUGGAAAGGGUGACCUGAGGGUUGAGUUCAAGGUCAACAUGCCGAAGUACCUCUCCGUCAACCAGCGGACAAUUCUAGAGAUGCUAGCCGACGAGAUGGGCGACAAGAGCGCAAAGAGGAUUAUGAACCUCGGCAAGUUCAAGGAGGACGCACAAGCAGCGGCUGAGAAGCCCUCGACCGCGUCGACCGCAGACGAGCACAAGAACGAAGGCUUCCUGAAGAGCGCAUGGCACAACCUCACUGGGCAACACAACCACCUCAAGAAGGACCAGACGAAGACCGACGAGUCGACAAGCGAAAAGAAGGACGGGGAGCCGAAGAAGGGCUCUGGUUCGGCAUGAUCACUUCCAUGCUGAUGUGUAUAUUUGACGCGUUGUACAACACUUAGACUGGCGCAAAGGUGGUGUCUCCUGUCCGCAAAAGGACGGGAUGUUUGCAAAGCAUUUCUGGCGUUGAGCUUGGCGGUGAGCUGGGGUCAAGAUGUAUAGGAGAAGUAUUUACUGUAGUCGUUGGCCUCUCGACUCUGAUUUGUAUAGUAUACCUAGUACAGGAACUGUGUAAUAGCGAACUGUAUCAACGCGAAUCUUCUU